AACCUUCCAAUUUAUCUCUUGACGACCGGAGAAAUAUGUGGUGUGUAAUGCACGACCGUUUUGAGUUCGAAAUAAUACACACUCAAUGAAAACACACAAAUAAAUAAAAAGCGAUGGCAUCUUCGAUUCCAAUAUUAAUACGUAGCUCCUCUGGAAUAUCUAGUUUUUCGGGUACACCCGACUUUGCACCGUUAAAAGAGUUCGAUCAGGUACAGAGUAAAUCAUGCAGAUCGAUGGUCUUCAGUUCCGAUGGCUCAUAUUUGGCGUAUGUUGUGGGGUCAAGUUUGAAAUUGUUUUCUACCAAUGGCUGGAGAGAAGUGGCUGCCAUCGAAAACGUCAAGUCAUACUAUAUUACAUUUUCACCCAAAAGUACAUUUUUAAUCAGUUGGGAGCCUUUUACAGUGAGCAAUGCCAAUCCGCAGGGUAGUCCCAAUUUGAAGCUCUACAAAACGGAGGACGGGCGGCAUAUUAAAAGCUUUAUUCAAAAAAAGCAAAUUAAUUGGGAACUGGAGUGGAGUCAAGACGAGAAACUGUGCACGAGAUUGAUAAACAAUACUGUUGAAUUUUUUGAAGGCUUCGAUUAUGACAAACCUGCAGCAAAAAUAAGCGGCCAGAAAGUAUCCUCCUAUAAAAUAUCACCAAACAAUGGCACCUACUUUGUUUUGUGUUAUUGUUUGGGGUCCGGGGGACAACCAUCGGUUAUCAAGCUAUUCAAAUAUCCGAACUUUGAUGAAGAACAAGCCAUAGUGAGCAAAAGUUUCUUUCAAGCAGACAAAGUGGAUGUUAUGUGGAAUUUGAAAGGGAACAACGCUCUGCUACUGACCUCGACCGAAGUAGACAAAACUGGUGGUUCUUACUAUGGCAAACAGGGCUUGCAUUUUAUUGCACUGAAUGGCCAGUGCAACACGGUUACCAUGAACAAGGAAGGACCUAUCUAUAGCGUCCAAUGGUCGCCGAGAAACGACGAAUUUUGCGCCAUCUACGGCUUCAUGCCGGCGAAAGCAACCAUAUUUAAUUUAAAAUGCGAGCCCGUCUACGAACUGGGUACUGGCGCACGGAACGCAGCGUAUUACAACCCGUUCGGAAACAUACUUUUGCUGGGCGGCUUCGGCAAUUUGCGGGGCCACGUCGAAAUCUGGGACGCGACCAACAAAAAAAAGAUCGGUUCCUGCGAAGCGCCCGACACGACGCACCUGCAAUGGGCGGCGGACGGUGAACACUUCGUGACGUCGACGACCGCCCCACGUUUAAGAACCGCCAACGGAUUUAAAAUAUGGCACUAUUCGGGCGCCCUUUUGCACGAAACCGAUUGGCCCCAAAACGAGGAACUCUACGAAGUUUCGUGGAAGCCGUACCCGAAACUCGCGUUCAGGGAGCCCCAAAUCGAGUUUAAAAAGGUCGAGGGCAUAGCGUCGAGUCAGCCGCAGGCGUCGAAGGAGGUGUACAGGCCGCCGGGGGCCAGGAACCGCCCCUUCGUCACGUUCAGUUUGCAUAACGAGGACGAGGCCGCCCACAAGGUGGGCGGCGCGGGCGCGCCAUCUAAAGCCGCGUUGAAGAACAAAAAGAAGCGAGAAGCGAAAAAAGCGAAACAGAACGACGAGGAUAAAAGCGACACGGUCGCGGUAACCAGCAGCGUGCAAAUUACCUUGACAGGCGAUCCGGAAGUGGAUAAAAAAUUGAAAAACAUCAAAAAGAAACUGGACGCGAUCGAGAAACUAAAGAAGGAACAGGCGUCCGGAAAGACGCUCGAACUUAAUCAGCUGAUGAAAAUCGAAGGCGAAGCCGCCUUGAUCAAGGAGUUGGAACAGUUGUCGGUGUGAUAGGUUCUCGCGGAAACGGCGUGCUAUUAUGACGAUUGGAAUCAAUUUGAAACCUAUUUUAAGAUUGCCGUGAUUUUUAUUUUGGUUAGGUUUUCCUUUUGUCCUCGAUAUGUUAUGGUCUGUAAGGCGCGUCAUAGACGGCAUCAUACGAUUUAUUUUUACACGAUUUACGAAAAGCCUGGCAAUACGACACAAAAAUGAACACCUCAUCAGUAAAAUGACAUUUUUGUUCACAUAUGAAAAGCUUUGAAAAUAUUUGCCUUUCGCAAAAAGUUGGGAAAUCUACUAUGGCCAUUCGCCGGUUACCGACGUACGUCGAUGAAUUUUUCUUUUGAUCACAGACCAACAUGUAAUAGAAACUAUGACCAACAUUUGUUCUUAGCGUGCAAACAAGGACUUUGACCGAUAACAAAAAACUGCCACUCCUGCUUCCAUUCUUCAUUCUCCUUCCCACGUUCACAAGACACAUAAAAAAACAGAGACCACACAAUUCAAACCGAUAUAAAAAUUUUUGGGACGAUUACAAAGAAUUCUGUCGGGAACGAACGAAGGUGAAACCGGCAUGUUCAAUGCUCACGACAGAAUCCAAAUAUGAAAAUGUAAAUUUGUGUAAAAAAGCUGUUGGAACAAACGAUAAUCUAGUGAAAAUUGUUAUUGCUCGUGCAUAAAAACCGUUGUGUAUUGUAAGACAACAUACACCGAUCAUAAAAGACUUCUUGUGUGAAUACUAAAAAACUUCGUUGGCACAAACUAUAAA